CAAUAAAUAAUAAUUCAAUAUUAUACAACAAAAAAAUAAAUGUCUAUCAUGUUUACACUUUUAGAUUUACAAUAAAUAAUACUAAUUAAAUAUAAAUUUGUUGAAUAUUAUUACUUAUGGCUAAGACUGGAUUAUUAAUAUGUUCAAAUCCUCUUCGUUUGCUUCGAUUAUUUCCACAAAUUCAGCGGGAUAUUCAAAACACUUUGUAUGUGCAUUUUUUUCUCAGUCCCAUACAAGAUAAAAAGAAUAUUCGAAAUAAGUUCAUGUUAGUAAACGCAUAUGAAAAUUUGAAUCCACUGAAUAUCGAUGUACGAGUACUUUUAUGUGGUCUCAAAGGUACAGUUAAAUAUGGGAUUGCUACUAAACGACCCGUUGAUAUUAUUUACUAUGAGAAACAUAUUCAGUCCGAACAAAUAGCAACUUUGGUAUCAUUAUUAAACAACAAAGCUCCUGACUAUAAAACGGUACCUGUACAAACUGCUGAGGAUAAUGAUUUUUUUGAAACUGAAACGAGUAACGCGUAUGAUAAAUUAGAUAGUAAUUUAUAUGAAAACGUGGUUUUGGGUGGAACAUUUGAUAGACUACACAAAGGUCAUAAAAUACUGUUAAGUACAGCAGCCCUAAAAUGUACAAAAAAGUUAACAGUUGGUGUUACUGAUACUUCGAUGCUAAAGUCUAAAAAGCUUUGGGAGUUAAUUGAGCCGUGUGAGAUUAGAAUAAAAAAUGUCAAAGGAUUUUUGAAAGACAUUGACCCGACAUUGGAGUAUGAUGUUCUUCCGAUUUAUGAUAUUUAUGGUCCUACAAUUCAUGAUUCUACAUUUCAGAUGAUUGUUGUAAGUGAAGAAACAACUAAAGGUGGUGAAAUGAUUAAUGAAAACAGAAUUAAUGUUGGAUUAAAACCUCUUGAUAUAAUACCUGUACCAUUAUUAAAGGAAAAUAAAACUUUAAUUGAUUGCUGUGAAGAAGAAGAAAAUAAAAUAAGUUCGAGUAAUUAUCGUAUGAGAAUGCUGGGUACACUUAUCAAACCGCCCCAACCAAAAAAUGAUUUAGAACCACAUCCUUACAUUAUUGGAUUAACUGGUGGAAUUGCAAGCGGAAAAUCGUCCAUUGCAAAUUUGUUGAAAGAGAAAGGAGCUUUUAUUAUUAAUGCUGAUUCUCAAGCUCAUGGACUGUAUGAUAUAAAUCAACCUGCCUAUCAACCAAUCAUAGAGACAUUUGGUGUGGAAAUAUUGACUGCUAAUAAAGAAGUAGACAGAAAAAAAUUAGGUUCCAUAGUUUUUAGUAACAAAGACCAACUGAAUAAAUUAAACAAUAUAAUGUGGCCACUUAUCCUAGAAAGGAUAAAAAAUGUUAUUCGAUCAACCAAGAACUAUGACAUAUUUGUUUUAGAAGCUGCAGUUCUUUUAACUGCUAACUGGCAAAAUAGUUGUCAUGAAGUAUGGGUAACAAUAGUACCACCUACUGAAGCCAUUGUUAGAUUACAAAACCGCAACAACCUAAGUGAAGAAGAAGCCCUUAAGCGAAUUAAUUCUCAGCCAUCAAAUAGCGAGUAUUUAGAAAGUGCUAAUAUUUUAUUUUCCACAUUAUGGAGCUAUAAAUGUACUCAAAUUCAAUUAAAUAAAGCGUGGAAUGACCUUAUAUCUAGAAUAUCAAAAUAAACAUUCACAAGCCGCACGUUUUUUAAUUUGGUUUAAUAGUUAUAAUGGUUAUGGUUUAUGUGUUGUUUUAAGUAUAAAUUGUUAUAUUUUCAUAUUAUAUAAUUUUUAAUUAUUAAAUAAUUAUAAUAAUUGGUGUAAACGGUAUUAUAUUUUG